AGACGUCAGCCUCGUAGUACGCAGUUGGCUUCCUUCCCCACCCAUCUCUCCCAUCUCUCUGCUCUUGUCUUGUGAGAGAGAAAAGAAAAGAAAAGAAAAGAAAAGAAAGAUGGCAGUUUGAUCUCAUCCAUCCUCUCCUCCUCCUCCUCCACCGCCGCACGCCACCGGAGCCGAGCCGAGUCGACUGCGGCGGAGCGCACCGGAGAUCUUCCUUCCUUCCUUCCUUCCUUGUCGGUAAGAUAACCAGGUUCUGUGGGCAUGUCUGACAGCGAGAAAGAAGUGCCAGUGGAGGUCGAAGGCGCGACCCGGGGGGCCGACUGGGAGGUGGUCACGCUCACAGCCUCCACCUACGCGGCUGCGCCCAGCGGACCAGAAGGAGGAGCAGAGGGCAGGAGGCUCGGCGACGACAACGACGGCCGGGGCUCGUCCAGCACGCUGCUCAUGUCGGACCACUUCGUGUUCCCCCCCAGCGAGCACGAGAACCUGCCCAUAGAGACCGCCCUGCUCGAGCCUCAGGAAAGCACCAGCGUGGAAGAUGCCGGCUUCAAGAAUGUUGGUGGAGGCUACGAUGAUGGGUCCGAGACUGUCAAGUACUAUGACGAGGGGAAGAGCCUGUCGGUACGUGAUGCCGAGAUGAUGAUGGGUGAUGUGGCUGAGUUCCACGCAGAAGAUGACGCACGCGGUUACGUUGUCCAUGAUGAUGAUGAUGAUUCCCAGGACAAGUCUGAUGUGCCUCCUCAGGACAGCAGCAGCAGCAGCAGCAAGGGCCGCGGCUCUGGUGCCCCCUGCCAGUGCUGGUUGAAGAAGCACAUGUCAUGCCUGUAUGACCAAGCUAAGGACACUAAUCAUCUCUGGGGUGCGGUGGUCGUGGCUGCCCUGGUUGGCCUUGUCAUCUUGUGGCGCAAAGACAAGUUGCACAUGAGCUGCCUUAAAUGGCGCUCUCGCUCGGCAGUCAGUUGAUGAUCCAAUCCAAUCCCCUGGACUGGUGGUCUUCUUCGUCGAUACAAUCUCUGAUGAGUCUUCACAGAUCGCCCUGGAAGUCAUUAUAACCAAGAAGAAGAUGGCCAUGCCAGUAUGAUUCGUGACAAUGACGAAAGGGGUCUCUAGUUGUAAUAAUAUAUUAAGUUUGACAGGGUAUUUGCUUGUUGCCAGGCUUGUGAGAUGCCAAAGUUUCUUCUUGCUCUUGUACCCAUAGUCGUUGUACCUUUGCACUGUUUAAUACGAACGGCGCGCCCUUUCAAGUUUCUACUACUACAUUUUGAUGA